AUGGGUAUGGCUAAGACGAUCCUGGCUGUGUGCACCGUCCUCGCGGCGCGCGUGGCGGUCGGCGCCGCCGGCGGUGGCGGCUGGACUCCGGCGACGGCGACGUUCUACGGCGGGGGCGACGGGGCCGGGACGAUGGGCGGCGCGUGCGGGUACGGGAACCUGUACGUCCAGGGGUACGGCAUCGACAACGCGGCGCUGAGCUCGGAGCUGUUCGCCGACGGCGCGGCGUGCGGGCAGUGCUACCUCAUCAUCUGCGACACCGGCAAGACGCCGGAGUGGUGCAAGGCCGGCCGCGCGGUCACCGUCACGGCCACCAACCUGUGCCCGCCCAACUGGGACCUGCCCAGCGACAACGGCGGCUGGUGCAACGCGCCCCGGCACCACUUCGACAUGUCGCAGCCGUCGUGGGAGCAGAUCGGCGUCUACCGCGCCGGCAUCGUGCCGGUGCUCUACCAGCGCAUCAAGUGCUGGCGCCGCGGCGGCGUCCGCUUCACCGUCAGCGGCUUCAACUACUUCGAGCUCGUGCUCAUCACCAACGUCGCCGGCAGCGGCUCCGUCGCCGCCGUGUCCAUCAAGGGCACCAAGACGGGCUGGCUCCGGAUGUCGCGCAACUGGGGCGCCAAUUGGCAGUCGCUCGCCGGCCUCGCCGGCCAGGCGCUCAGCUUCGCCGUCACCUCCUCCGGCGGGCAGUACCUGGAGUUCAACGGCAUCACGCCGGACGGGUGGACGUUCGGCCAGACCUUCUCCACCUACAAGCAGUUCGACUACUGA